AUGGACCUGAGCGCCGCCGCCGCGCUGUGUCUCUGGCUGUUGAGCGCCUGCCGUCCCCGCGACGGGCUGGAGGCUGCCGCGGUGCUCCGAGCGGCGGGUGCAGGACCAGCCUGGAGCUCCCGGGGCGGCGGCCAGCGGCGGACGGACCCUCGUCCCGGCUCGGAGGAACGGCUCGGUGGUGCCACACACUUCAUGAUGUCGCUUUACCGGAGCCUGGCUGGGAGGGCUCCAGCCAUGGCAGCCUCGGGGCACGGCCGCGCGGACACGAUUUACCGCUUCAUAGACCACGGCGACUCAAGUGAGAAAUUGGCGACCGAGCCCGGACCAGAGCUUUCUCUUGAUUUAUCCAGCCUCCCCGGCGACGAGGUAGUGAGUGCUGAGCUGCGCGUGCUGCGUCGGAGGUCUCCGGAGCCAGACCAGGACAGUGCGACCCUCCCUCCGCUGUUGCAACUGUCCUCGUGCCCGGGCGUGACCCACACAUCUCACCUACUGCACUCGCGGACUGCCGAACCCCUAGAAGUUGCGCGCUGGGAAGAGUUCGAUGUGACUGACGCGGUGCGGAGUAUCCGUCGCGAGCCGCGCGCCUCCCGCAAGUUCUGCCUGGUGCUGCGCGCAGUAGCCGGCACAGGGAGCAGCCCGCUGGCCUUGCGACAACUGGGCUUUGGCUGGUCCGGUGAUGGUACGGGCGAUGGCACCGCUGCAGAGGAGCGCGCGCUGUUGGUGAUCUCCUCCCGUACACAGAGGAAAGAGAGUCUCUUCCGGGAGAUCCGCGCCCAGGCCCGCGCGCUCCGGGCGGCAGUGGAGCCGCCACCGGAUCCGGGACCAGGCACUGGGUCUCGGAAAGCAACCUCAAGCGGGCGUAGGCGAAGGCGGACGGCGCUGGCGGGGACGCGGGGAGCACAGGGCAGCGGCGGAGGUGGCGGCAAGGGCCAUGGGCGCAGGGGCCGGAGCCGGUGCAGCCGCAAGCCUCUGCACGUGGACUUUAAGGAGCUGGGCUGGGACGACUGGAUCAUCGCGCCAUUAGACUACGAGGCGUAUCACUGCGAGGGCGUUUGUGAUUUUCCUUUGCGCUCGCACCUGGAACCCACCAACCACGCCAUCAUUCAGACUUUGCUCAACUCCAUGGCACCCGACGCGGCGCCAGCCUCCUGCUGCGUGCCCGCACGCCUAAGCCCCAUUAGUAUCCUCUACAUCGAUGCCGCCAAUAACGUGGUCUACAAGCAGUAUGAGGACAUGGUGGUGGAGGCCUGCGGCUGCAGGUAG